CAUCUCGUGUUUUAGCCAUGUGGGCUCUUCAUGCUGCAGCUGCAUCCUACGGCUCAUGCGUUAUUUACUGGUCGCCCUUACUUACUGGUGUUCGCCAUCUGAAUAAUAUGGAUAUUUGUUUAAUUUUUUUUAUCGGCGCAUUAGUGUACAAAUUUAUGUUUUCUUGUCACGGUGCAGUUAUAACGCAGUCGGAGUUACAGUAUCCGGCAAUAAAUAAUUGCACGUAUAAUAAAUCAGCUCCGGCUCAGAAAAAAAGCAAUAAUUAAAUUGACGUCUAGGUGGCUCAUUGUAUGGUUAAAUUGAGGAUGGAAAGUGAAGUUGGAUUAUAUUAACUAGCAAAUAAGCGGAAAUCGAGGGUGUUUUGGAACACAUGCUGCAGGAGAUGCAUACCUAUACCUGCCGAAGUGUCACAUUUGUGCCCAACCCUUAUUAAUGUUUCUCUUUCCUGCAGACAAAUGUUUGCUAAAGUGAUAGUUGCUUAGCAACCGUCCCUUACUUACUGUGACUAAGCAGCGGUACAUGUGGUGCUGGGCUGCCCUCCCACACCUCCUCAUGCCCUGGGUGGGACCACAGCCCUGUAUUCCAGUGACCCCAGUACACAGCUCAGGUUGUCAGUGCUGCCUCCCUGCGCAGAUGUUUUUUCCGGUGGUGUUGUGAAAGUUCUUGGCCGCUGCGUUCUCCCCAGGCUCUUGUGUAAGUAUCUCCAACUUGGAGAGCAAUGAGAAUUUAGGGGUUAUUUGUCAGCGUAGAAAUGAAGUAAGCCUGUAUCGAACACAAGCUGUAGGGACAGCAGGUAUGAGAGCGUUUAAACACUCAUGACAGAAAUUAAACUUGGGCUUUAGAACAACAGGUUGUCGGUUCUGCUGCUGGGCAUGUGAGACCCUGGUUUUUGGAGUACGGUGUUCAGAACCCUACUGGUGUUCAGUCUUGCCAUUCAGCAACACGCUCGCAUGCCCACUUGUUCAGUAAUGCAUCCAGAUGUGUAACCCAAGAUAAAACUAGAAGCCAGGCAAAUCACUUUGUAUGAAAACCUUGCUGAAAAAUCACAAAAUGAUGAGAUAUCGCCGCGCCCAUGCCUUGGCGGCCAUAUUCAGUGGGACCUUUGUGCCAGUUUUGAAACGUUCCAAAAUGUCUUAAUGUUUCCCAGUAUGAAUAGUCUGAGCAACCUCUGCCUUUGUGUGUGUUGGGUGGGGCCAGCAAGGGAGGCGGUUCUGGUUGUGGUUCUGGCGACUCGGGCUUAGACGCAUCUUCGCUGAAAGGCGUAGCGACGGCUGAGGCAGGACGGACCAUUCCUCGGGUCGAAUUUACGCAGUGAAGACAUGACCUCGCUUCUCCUACAAGUGGCUGUCUGCCUGGUCGGCUGGAUCUCUUUCUAUGCCCUGCUGUGUUUCCUGAAUGGCCACCGUGGAUAUGAGUGGAACUGCCGCCUGGUAACGCUCUUCCACGGUGUCCUCAUCGUCUGCGUCACGGCGUACAUAGGCUACGUCGAUGGCCCCUGGCCCUUUACGCACCCAGGUACGGAGAACACACCCAUGCAGGUGCUGGCCCUGGUGCUCAGCCUGGGCUACUUCACCUUCGACAUGGGCUGGUGUGUCUACUUCCGCACGGAGGGGCCUGUGAUGCUGGCCCACCACACGCUGAGCAUCAUGGGAAUCAUACUGGUGCUCUGGGUGGGCGAGUCAGGCAUCGAGGCUUGCGCCGUCAUCUUCGGCAGCGAGAUCACCAACCCCCUGCUGCAGACGCGCUGGUUCCUGCGGCGGACAGGCCGCUAUGAUGGGCCGGCGGGCGACACCGUGGACCUGCUCUUUGUGGCGCUCUUUAUCUUCAUGCGCAUCGGCGUGGGCGGCCACAUGCUGUACUGCGAGCUGGCCUCCCCCCAGCCGCUGCUGGUGAUGAAAUGUGGAGGCGUGGCCAUGUACCUCCUCUCCUGGGUCUUCUUAGCCAACAUCAUGCGUUUUGCCUACCGCAAGUGUGGCGCUAAGUACUGUCAUUGGCAGCUUCGCCGCAAGGGGGCAGAGGUCAACGGGCAUGAUGGGAAAGUGGAAUAAAACGUCUCCAUCGAUUGGCUCCCUUUCAGUUCUAAUCUCCUUUCUGCUUUUUCUAUUCCUACUUUAAAUCUCGCUGACGUAAUGUGACCUUUUUUUAUGUCAUGUGACCAUGUCAAGUCCCUCCGACUUGUUUUUUUUAAUAUUUUUAAGCCAUGAGAACUUCAAAACUUUCUAAAAACCAUGAACCAAGUUUUUGAAUGAACCUUUACUGCAGAAAAGCUUUUCCAGGUAGAGGAUGUUAAGCUGAAUUGUGUCUGAGACCAUUUUAGGAACAGCUUCGUGGGAUUUCAUUGGCCAUUUCCAGUAAGGAAGUAAACUGUCUGUGAGCUCUGGACAAUAUUAAAAUAUAAGUGGCACCAUU